AUGUGGACAUUUCUUAUGAAUAAUACAACAAAAAGAGAGCAAAAGGAAGGCAGUAAAAAAAGGCCCCCAGAAAGGGCUGUGAGUAGAUGGAAAAGCACUUUAUCGGUGAAUGAAGUAAAACAAAAGAACAGAAAGAAACAAAGAGGCGGGGGAGACGAUGAAGCAAGGCCGGAUUCGUUUGCUGUUCAUGUCACAAAAGUGAAAUUAGAAAAUUUCCAAAGAAAUCAUUUUGAAGCUUUAAGAAAAUUGAAAUCUUUAACAUGUCAAAAAUAA